GAUGCUCAUAUGACUAAAGCUUAACUAUGCGAGUUCUAUGUACUCUCACUCUAAGUGUCUUUUCUGUAAUAUGUUCUUCCUUGAAAGUGAAGGCAUCAAACCCUCCAAACAUUAUCAUCAUGCUUAUGGAUGAUAUGGGUUGGGGGGAUUUGGGGGUGUUUGGCCAGCCCUCUAAAGAGACCCCUAACCUGGAUGCCAUGGCUGCUCAGGGCAUGUUGCUCCCAAACUUCUACACUGCAAACCCACUGUGUUCCCCAUCCAGAGCUGCACUUCUCACUGGAAGGCUGCCUGUGAGAAAUGGUUUCUACACCACUAAUGGCCAUGCUAGGAAUGCUUACACACCACAGGAGAUAGUGGGAGGAAUCUCUAAGGAUGAGAUUUUGUUACCCCAGUUGCUGAAGAAAAGGGGCUACAUCAGCAAGAUAGUUGGCAAGUGGCAUCUGGGCCACAGACCUCAAUACCUACCCCUGAGGAAUGGUUUUGACCAGUGGUUUGGAGCGCCAAACUGCCACUUUGGUCCUUACAACAGCAGCGUCAGACCCAACAUCCCUGUCUACAACAACACUGAAAUGGUUGGCAGAUAUUAUGAGGAGUUUAAGAUCAACAAGAAGACUGGAGAGUCUAAUCUCACACAGAUCUACCUGCAGGAAGCUUUUGAUUUUAUACUUGAGCAACAUGCAUCCCAGCAGCCCUUCUUCCUCUACUGGGCACCAGAUGCCACUCACGCCCCAGUUUACGCCUCUAAAUCCUUUCUGGGUCAGAGCCAGCGUGGCCGGUAUGGAGAUGCAGUAAUGGAGCUGGAUGACAGUAUUGGACGGAUAUUGUCACUUUUACGCUCUCUUCACAUCGAAAACGAUACAUUUGUAUUCUUCACAUCGGAUAACGGGGCUGCUGUUAUGUCUGGCCCAAAUGAAAGUGGCAGCAACGGACCUUUCCUCUGUGGGAAGGAGACUACCUUUGAAGGGGGCAUGAGGGAACCAGCUAUUGUAUGGUGGCCAGGACAUAUAAAAGAAGGCUCAGUGAGCUAUGAACUGGCCAGUGUGAUGGAUCUGUACCCCACCAGUCUGGCCCUAGCUGGUAUCAGCCCUCCUGAUGACCGAACCCUGGAUGGACUGGACCUGACACCGGUCCUGCUGAAACCAUCACAUACUCUCCAAAUCAGCAGGCCCAUCUUCUUUUACCGUGGUAAUGAGCUGAUGGCUGUGAGGCUUGGACAAUACAAGGCCCACUACUGGACCUGGAGCAACUCAUGGGAAGAGUUCAAAGCAGGUAUUAAUUUCUGUCCUGGUCAAGAGGUUCCAGGUGUGACAACUCAUAACCAAACAGAGCACACAAUGCAGCCACUCAUUUUCCACCUGGGACGGGAUCCUGGGGAGAAGUUCCCUCUCAGUGUUUUGAGUAACGAGUACCAAGAUGCUCUGGGGAGGAUCUCAUCAGUCGUGGAGCAGCAUCAGAAGUCCCUGGUACCUGCUGCUCCCCAGCUGAACAUGUGUGACUUGGCUGUGAUGAACUGGGCCCCAGAAGGCUGUGAGAAGUUGGGGAAGUGUCUCAAAGCACCCAAAUCUGAGCCCUGGAAGUGUGACUGGCCACACUGAAAAUAAAACUGCUGAAACCAACACAAGAAAGAGGAAGCAAACUCAGAAGAUAUGACUUUUUACAAAUUAACAUGAAGUCCUAUUUUUAAAGAGGGAAUGUUCUGAACUUUUUAAAACCAAGUUUUAUUUAUUAUGAAGAGCAAUAUACAACUUUAAGGGACUUAAGGUGGAAAAACCAACAAAGCACAAAGAACAUUGCAGAGUUUUUACAGGUUCUGCAAAUUACUUUUGGUCUUGAUGCAAUAAAACACCGCUGCUUCCUGUUAAUGACACACACUGCAUUAGUGUUAGGUCAUGACAUAUUUUUACUGAUGUACGUGUUUAUUCUAAUCAUUUUAAGUAGGCUAAUAGUUUAUAUCAACUUGUAAUAAUUACUGUAAUAAUCUACCAGUUCUUACUGCAGCUGCUCUGCCAAAACUAUUUUGUGAUUUUUUUUUUUAAAUAAAAGUAAUUUUUAUUGAAAUGUU